CAAGAACGUAACAUCUGGACUCCAGAGCAACAUCUGUCUCUCCCCAUUCUUUCCUUGUCAUCCCUCCCACGAACCCCCUUGAACUCCUAGGCAUCCACUCCCCCUAAUUAUCCUUGCUAGGAGAGGAAAAUGCAGGAAGUCUCUGUGGGACCUGACCUGGGCUUGGCUGGCUUUCCAAGGAGUCCUGGCCAGCGAGCCCGAGACGCAGUCACACGGGGCAGUCACACGGGCCUGGUGGCUGCGAGGCCCUGACCAAACCCGGGCCUUUUACCUCGGUGUGUGGUCUCCGGUGCCCUGCGAGGCUCCGGAGUCUCGGCCCCACGCCGGCAUCCAGACGCAGAGUGCGACGUGGCGGACGGAACCGGGAGGGGCGGGCCCGGCGGAGCUGAACGGGUGACGGACCGGCCGCUUCCGGUAUCCCCGGGCUUCCUGCCCGGCCGGCUGUGGGACCGGCGCAGGCUCCUGCGACCUGGGAAGGCCCGGCGACCUGGAGACGCGGGCCCGGCGGCCAUGGAGCACGAAGACCCCACCGAGGUGUUCUCGGAGCUGCGCGCACGGCGGCUGCGGGCGCCGGAGCUGCUGCAGCUGGCGGCAGGCUCGGGGCUGGCAGCUUACGCCGUGUGGGCGCUGCUGCUGCAGCCAGGCUUCCGCCGCGUGCCGCUCCGGCUGCAGGUGCCCUACAUCGGCGCGAGCGCGCAACAGGUGGAGCAUGUGCUGUCGCUGCUGCGAGGCCGCCCCGGAAAAAUGGUGGAUCUGGGCUCUGGCGACGGCAGAAUUGUGCUGGCGGCACACCGCUGCGGUCUCCGACCGGCCGUGGGCUAUGAACUGAACCCGUGGCUGGUGGGGCUUGCACGGCUGCACGCCUGGAGGGCUGGCUGUGCCAGCGGCGUCCGUUACUGCCGCGAGGAUCUCUGGAAGGUGAGCCUAAAGGACUGCUACAAUGUGUCUGUGUUCCUGGCCCCCAGUGUGCUUCCCCUGCUGGAGGACAAGCUUCAGGCAGAGUUGCCCUCAGGGGCUCGUGUGGUAUCUGGGCGCUUCCCCCUCCCUACUUGGCAGCCUGUGGCAGUGCUGGGUGAGGGCCAGGACCGUGUCUGGGCCUAUGACAUCCCUAGUGCUGGGCCUGCUGUGCCCUCUUGGGGGGCCCCCAUCCAGGCCACCACAGGGUUGGGUUCUACCUCAGUCCCUGGGACCCCCAUUGUACAGGCUGGCUGACUGGACACAAUAAAGACUCUGCAGAUCCCA